UUCUGUGGACAGCUGAACGAAAAGACGAGCUCAUGGAAAUGAUCAGGAAUCAUAAACCCCUGGUGGCGUCUGUGAGUCAAAUCAGAAUCCUAAUGAUUGGUCCUGUAGGUGCUGGAAAAUCCAGUUUCUUCAACUCCAUCAACUCCAUCUUCAUGGGCCGCAUUACCAGCAAAGCCAUGUCAGGAUCUGCAGGCACUAGUCUCACCACACAGUUUCGCACAUAUCCAGUAAAAGACGGUCGUGAGGGAAAACCAUUGUCAUCUGUGUUGUGUGACACCAUGGGACUGGAGGAGCAAUCAGGUGCAGGACUGGAUAUUGAGGACAUCAGCAGCAUUAUUCAAGGUCACGUACCAGACCGCUAUAAAUUCAACCCGUCUACACCAUUUCAACCUGACGAGCAAAAGGCGUCCAAACCUGCAUCUAUACAGGAGAAGAUCCACUGUGUGGUGUACGUGAUAGACGCCACCAAAAUCUCCCUCAUGUCUGACAAACUACAGGAAAAACUUGCUUCCAUACGAAGAAAAGUGAACUCACUGGGCAUUGCUCAGAUCAUCUUGAUGACCAAAGUAGAUGAAGCAUGUCCUCUAGUGGAGAUGGACCUUCAAAACCUUUAUCUGAGUUCCUACAUCAAGUCAAAGGUUCAGGAGGUGAGCUCUCAGUUGGGUGUGCCGGUGUCUUGUGUGUUACCGGUGAAGAACUACAGUCAGGAGCUGGAGCUGGAGCUCAACUGUGACGUCCUGCUGCUCACCGCUCUUCAGCAGAUGCUCAACUUCGCAGACGACUAUCUGGAUGAUGUUGGAAUGUAGAAUGUAGUAGAAAAUAUGUAAAACAUAAGUAUCUGGUCAGGUGAAUAAUUUUAUGCUCAUUUAUAACAAUAACAGUCACAUCCGUUUAUUUUAAUUUAUUAUACUAUAUUGUGUCUGUAAUUAACCAACCAAUCAGGUUUAAAAUGUAAUGCUGAAAUGGUGAGAGUGUGAUAUAAAUAAUGAGAGUUUUAGUAGAAAACAGUAUUUUUGGGCUGAUGAGAAGACCAUUUAGGAAACAAAUUGUGUAUUGAAACUGUUGCAUGCACUUAACUAUUUGCUAAUAGCAAUUAAACAUUUGACUGACUGAGGUAUA